AUGGUGAUGAACUCCACGGGUGUGUAUUUGAUCGGAGAUGAUAAUAAUGAUGAUAAUAAUAAUAAUGGUGGUGUGAUUGUAAUUCAGAUGAUCUUCAGCGAAUUUAACGAAUCUUCUUCGGGUUUUUGUAUGGUGAAGUUGGAUCCGCAAGGGGUUUUGCGUGUUGUAAAGAUCAACGAAAUGGUUGGAUCGAUUGCGAGAGAACUAAUUACUGGCCCUGCCGACAGCUGUCGGAUUCCGUCUAUAUGUAAGAGAUUUGGUGUUUGUACCAAUGGUGGUUCUUGUCAAUGUCCACCUGGAUUUCACUUAGGUCUAAAUGUGAGUAAUGGCGAUUGUGUCCCUUCGAAUGGUUCUUUGUCUUUGCCGAUUCCAUGUAACGGCUCAUCAUCGAACGGUGCCGUUAUAAAGUAUUUGAAUCUAAGGGAGGAUUUGGAUUAUUUCUCCAAUGAUUUCACGGAUCCCGUGAUCAAUAAUGUCAGUCUUUCUUUCUGUCAGGAUCUUUGUUCUAGGAACUGUUCUUGCUCGGCCGUUUUCUACGGUCAGAGAUUUGGAUCGUGCUAUGUGAUCGCGGACUAUUUGGGUUCGUUUCGGAUUAAGUCGUUUGAUGCAAAUCGUUUGGGAUAUGUUAAAGCCGUUGAGGUAGGGAAUAUUCAAAGUGGUGAUUCUUCACACAAGAAGAAAUCCGAUUUCCCGAUUCUUAUAGUCGUUUUGCUGCCAUCGUUAGGUGCUAUAGUCAUUGCUCUCGUUGCAACUCUAUUGUGGUGGUGGUGCCGAAGGCGAAGUACAAGAGAUGAAGAUAUGGAUUAUCUCGUCUCGGUACCUGGUUUGCCGGUUCGGUUUGAUUACAAAGAACUUGCAGUAGCAACCGCGAAUUUCAAAACCCAGAUUGGGUCGGGCGGAUUCGGAACUGUAUACAAAGGGACUCUGCUCGACGGAACCGAUAUUGCAGUGAAAGAGAUCACUUGCUUGGGUCCACAAAGCAGAAGGGAGUUCCUAACCGAGAUUGCAGUCAUCGGCAAGAUUCACCACGUCAAUUUGGUCCGACUAAAGGGCUUCUGCGUGCACCGAGGGCAGAGAUUCUUGGUCUACGAGUACAUGAACCGAGGGUCGUUGGAUCGCUCUCUUUUCGAUGGUGGUGGUGAUUCCGUUUUGGAAUGGAAGGAGAGAUGCGAGAUUGCGCUCGGGGCGGCGAGAGGGCUAGCGUACCUUCACAUCGGAUGCGACCACAAGAUCGUCCACUGCGACGUCAAGCCGGAGAACAUCCUCCUCCACGGCGGCAACACAGCGGUGAAGAUCUCCGAUUUCGGGCUGUCAAAGCUCCUUACCCCCGAGCAGUCGGGGUGGUUCACCACCAUGCGCGGCACUCGCGGUUAUCUCGCACCGGAGUGGCUGACGAAUUCGGCUGUUUCGGAGAAAACGGACGUGUAUAGCUACGGAAUGAUGCUUCUUGAAAUCAUAAGCGGGAAGAAAAACUACUCGGUGCAAAUGGAGGGCCACGAUCGAUCAGGGGACGGUGCGGACGAGGAGAAGCAUUGGAUAUACUUUCCUCUGUUUGUGUUGGAGAUGCACGAGCAAGGGCGGUACUUGGAGGUGGUGGACCCGAGAUUGGGGGGUGGGGUAGGGGCGGAGGAAGUGGAGAAGAUGGUGAGGGUGGCGUUGUGCUGCGUGCAAGGGGAGCCGAGUUUGAGGCCUACGAUGUCGAAUGUUGUGGGGAUGCUGGAAGGUUGGUUGGCUUUGGGGGAACCGAGGAUCGAGUCUCUCGAUUUUUUGAGGUUUUAUGGUCCGGGAAAGCGGGGUGGUGAUGAGAAUGAUAAUGGUUCCAUCUUGUGCAGACAACAACCUAGGACUAGUUCUUCUUGUACCUCUACCUCGUACGACUCUUCCUCUUGCAUGUCAUCAUCUCAACAAGUCUCUCUUGUCCAACACAAUAGUGUAUAAACUAGAAUAGCAUACUACUCCCUUGUAUAAAAUCGAUAAUAGCAUUUUGCACCAUCAAAACACAAUAAAUCACUCAUAAUUGCACUAUAAAUUGAAUAAUAAAGGAAAUUUCAUUUUUUCGGGGA